UCUAACUAGUCGAUUUAAAUUAUCGACUACUGUAACGUUUUGACAGUUAAUUGACAGUGUCAUUAAAAAUGUAACGCCAAUUCGCCAUUUUUGUACUACUGGAAGCCAUUUUUCAAUAUCAGUUGUUAAAAUUUACGCGUUUGUAAUUUUGUACUAUAUUUGUGAACUUAAUUUUGUUAUUUUUUUACUUAAAAACAGUGUAUCUCGAUUUUAAUAACCAUGAGUAACACGGCAUCAACACCGCUCUUCGCUUGUUCGCGUUGUUUUUCAAGACACCCUUUCGAGGAAUUAUCAACUGGUGAACAACUUUGUAAGGAAUGUCGCGGAUCUUUCCCAGUCGUCAAGUGCACGUACUGCCGUUCUGAGUUUCAACAGACAAGCAAAUCAAAUACAUCUUCAAUUUGUAAGAAGUGUGAAGCCAACGUGAAAGCUUACGGGAAGCCUACAGCCUGUGAAUAUUGCAACAUCAUCGCUGCAUUUAUUGGUAACAAAUGCCAACGGUGUGCUAACUCUGAGCGCAAGUACGGGCCAGCGGUCACCUGUGAGCAGUGCAAACAACGCUGCGCUUUUGACCGCCAUGAUGACAGUAAAAAGGUUGACGGAAAGCUCUUAUGUUGGCUGUGCACUCAGUCUCUCAAACGAGCACUGGCUAGAACCAAGCAGCAUAUGUCAUCUGUGGACAAACAUAAGCAUAGGGGACACAAGUCCAGGAGUGGACACAAGGAGAAGCGCAAGUCAGACAUGAUGAAGUCGAUGAACUCUAAUGAUUCCUCACUGAAUGACUCGCAGCCAUCCGAGAAGAAAUCUAAGAUGAACCCAUUGCAAGUUAUAUUUCGCUCCAUAGGUGAACUGGACCCCAACAGUUCUGACCAUGUGGUAGCAAUGACACAGCUGAAGGAGACCAUUGCCAGUCUACAGAAGAAAGUACAACAGAAGGACAAUGAGUUACUUGCCAAAGAUAAAUUGAUCACGGAACUUAAAGCUCAGCACCUAAACAACACACAGGACCUACGGAACGAGAUGAAGAACAAGGAGCGACUGAACGAGACGAAGUUUAACCUAAUGAACACUAAAAUACAGAACUUGCUAAAAGAAGUCGCGACACUAAGCAAGUCCGCUAAAAAAAACAAUAAGAACACCAAGAUUGCGCUAGCCAAUACAGAAAAUAGUGGCAGUGGAACAGACAGCCCGAGCACCAACUAGAACAAUUUUCAACCCUAACCCCUUCAUUUCUAGGUAUAUUAUUACUCGACAAAAACAAUGGAAAUAACUUUCCUCUUAUUUUUUUACUCUACAAAUGGUUUUAUUUGUAGAAUUUUUAUAAUCAUAAGCGUAAGUAGGUUUCAAUUUAACGACAUGAUAGUUUUUAAUUUAUUAUGCAAACUUGAGUUUUUACUGUUUUAUCUGAAGUACAUUAAUUAAUAUAUCCUGUAGCGUCAUUGUUACGUGUAUAAACUGAUGCGGGUUUAAAAGGUAUUAAGUCUAUGACUACUCAGUUGACAAAGAGGUAUGACGAUAAUUUGGAGAUUAUUUUUGUAUAAUUUUUCAUUUCUCUUCAGUAUCAGUGCAUCUAAACUGAACAGUUUAAAUAUAAACCUUUAUUAUUGAACUACAUAGGAUAGAUAGUGCACAACAAUCUAACGUGUAGGUUAUUCUUAUGUUUCCUAGGAUUGUAAUAGUCUAAAUUUAUAAAUCUGUAUCAUAUCGCAUUUUUUUUAUUUUUGUAUCAAUUCUCUUGUUAUUAUUUUUUAAGUAGUUGUACAGUCUUGUGACAAUGAAAGUAGUGUAUACCUAAUAGGUAGAUCAGUUUGUAUUCACGAAUACGUUUUUAAAUAAAGAACUACGGUAUCGGAGUAAGUGUUCGAUGUAAAAUAAAUUAUGAAAAUAAAAAAAAAGAAAUGUGUGUCGAAUUAAAUUAUUAUGAAUUAUGUUAGUCCGAUAGAAAAGAGGUUUUAUGUAAGUGAGAUAUUCUGUAAUGCUGUUAGAUGUUAGCUAUUUUAAUUGUACACGAAUGUUCGCCUCUUUUUGUUGGUGCGUUCACAUUUUUGUGGUAAUGUUGGCACACCGUGUUGCAAUGUGCACGCACCAUACUGUGAUCAAAUCCCGGACUGGAUAAAGUCUGUCAUAUCAGUGUUAACAAUAAUUUUAAUUUAUGAUGCAACGUUUGAUUCGAAUUGGUUUGUAUGUGUGAGAUAUAGGUUAACGAUAUUAAUACGACACACUAAUAAAAUAUUAAAUAAGACUCAGUGUUACUUUUGUAAAAUUGGAAUUAAACGGCAAUACAAUAAUUUAAUAAAAAGAAACUGAAUCAAGCGAGACCAUCGCGAUAGUUACUUAAUAUCUUGUUGUAGCUAAAAAUGAAAAUGGAUGUUUAAAAAAAGACCUUAUUUUGUUAAGAGUACAAUUGAUUUUUGGCUAUGAUCCUUGAGCUAAGGCGAGAUGGAUAUUGUACGAUCACAAUUUUAUAACAUAGCCUGUAAGAUUGUUUUGUGAUUAUUAUCUAAUCAAACUUAAUGUUUUACCACGUGACGCACACUUGACUAUGAAACGUGUAAAAAAUAUUGUUAAGUCAAUGUUUGUAAAUCAAAAGAUAUUUUGAUUCAAUGAGAGUUGGUUUGGUAUCUUUUGAGGUGGAGUGCAGUUUUAAGUUGAAACUUGGAUCUAGAUAAAUAAAUGAUUCCAUAAAAUCAUGCUGAACAUCAGUUUCCUCCAAUGACUACCAGGUCGACCGAUCAAACGAAGAUUAUUUUAAUUGAAUGUGGUAGAAAGAUAUACAUGACUUAAAACUACCUCAGCGCCAUCUAGGGAAAACGACAACUGUAAUUGGCAAAAGUUAUGCUAUACAUAAGUGAGUUCUAUCUUAGUACCUAUCUUUUGAUGUUAUAAGUUGAUGUUCUGUCGUAGUACCUAUCUUUUGAUGUUAUGAGUUAUCUAACCUACGUUAUAGUUAAGCAGCCACAGAUUAUACGUUAUACGUUAAUUUUCUUUGAUUACUAGUAUAUAAAGCUGCUUGGCUAAAACGUGUUAUCUAAGUUGUUACAAUAAAUGUCAUCUAAAACUGUAAAAAUGUGAAAUAAUUCUGAAGGGAAAUAUUUCAAAUUACUGUAAACAAUGUGUAUAAAGGUGCUCCCUCAC